AUGGAGGGCAGUGGCAGUGGGUGGGCUGUAGAUCUGGCCUCUCCUGGGCCGUGUGUGACUGGCAUGGAGGGGAACACCAGCAGUCAGGUUUUUGAGGUGGCGCUGCAGAACUCCUCCUCGUCCAAACGCAGCCCUCAGUUUGUGGGGGUGGAGCUGCCGCAGUCCUUCAAGCUGGUCAUCAUCCCCUGCUAUGCCCUGGUGGUGCUGAUCGGGGUAUUCGGCAACUACCUGUUGCUCUACGUCAUCUGCCGCACCCGCAAGAUGCACAAUGUCACCAACUUCUUCAUAGGGAACCUGGCCUUCUCCGACAUGCUGAUGUGUGCCACAUGUGUCCCCUUCACCUUGGCCUAUGCCUUCAACCCCCGCGGCUGGGUGUUUGGGAGGUUCAUGUGCUACCUGGUUUACCUCAUCCAGCCAGUAACGGUCUAUGUGUCUGUUUUUACUCUCACUGCUAUUGGUGUUGACAGGUACUAUGCCACAGUUCACCCUCUGAAGAAGCGGAUCUCAGUGCUGGCGUGUACCUACCUCCUAUCUGGGAUCUGGCUGCUCUCCUGUGGGCUUGUGGCCCCGGCUGUAGCCCACACUUACCAUGUGGAGUUCAAGAAUGAGGGCUUCAUCAUCUGUGAGGAGUUCUGGAUGGGCAAAGAGAAAGAGAGGUUGGCCUACGCCUACAGCACACUCUUCAUGACCUACGUCCUGCCUCUCUCUGCCCUCUGCAUCUCUUACCUCUGUAUCUCUGUCAAGCUGCGUAAUUGUGUGGCGCCUGGCCACCGCACCAAGAGCCAGGCCGAGGCCCAGCGAACCCGCAAACGUAAGACCUUCCGUCUGGUCACCUUGGUGGUGGCGGCCUUCGGCGUGUGUUGGAUGCCCAUCAGUGUAUUCAACGUGCUGCGGGACAUUGACAUUGACCUGAUUGACAAGCGCUUCUUCCUGCUCAUCCAACUGCUGUGCCACCUGUGUGCUAUGAGCUCCUCCUGCUGUAACCCUUUCCUGUACGCCUGGCUACAUGACCGCUUUCGCGCCGAACUGCGCAAGAUGUUCACCUGCCACCGCCGCAUCGGCAUCCCUGCCAACAACUGUGCCACAAACAGCGUGGUGCUGUGAACCACUUCAUCCCACGCUGCCACCUUUCACUGGAUGUGUUCAGAGAAUGUCCUGAGGUAUUUGGUCCUGGACCAUGAAGUGGUUUUUCAUUGCAAUAAACUGUGCCACAAACAAGGCUGCUGCAAAAAUGCGUACUGCAUUAGAAGUUUUCAGACAUGUGGAAAUAUCAGAAGUUGGUUGAGCAAGAUAUGAACGAGCAAGAUAUGGACAUCUUCUGUAUGUACAGUGGGGCAAAAAAGUAUUUAGUCAGCCACCAAUUGUGCAAGUUCUCCCACUUAAAAAGAUGAGAGAGGCCUGUAAUUUUCAUCAUAGGUACACUUCAACUAUGACAGACAAAAUGAGAAAAAAAAUCCAGAAAAUCACAUUAAAAAUCCUACAAUGAAUUUAUUUGCAAAUUAUGGUGGAAAUAAGUAUUUGGUCAAUAACAAAAGUUUAUCUCAAUACUUUGUUAUAUACCCUUUGUUGGCAAUGACAGAGGUCAAACAUUUUCUGUAAGUCUUCACACUGUUUUCACACUGUUGCUGGUAUUUUGGUGCAGAUCUCCUCUAGAACAGUGAUGUUUAGGGGCUGUUGCUGGGCAACACGGACUUUCAACUCCUUCCCAAGAUUCUCUAUGUGGUUGAGAUCUGGAGACUGGCUAGGCCACUCCAGGACCUUGAAAUGCUUCUUACGAAGCCACUCUUUCGUUGCCCGGGCGGUGUGUUUGGGAUCAUUGUCGUGCUGAAAGACCCAGCCACGUUUCAUCUUCAAUGCCCUUGCUGAUGGAAGAAGGUUUUUACUCAAAAUCUCACGAUACAUGGCCCCAUUCAUUCUUUCCUUUACACGGAUCAGUCGUCCUGGUCCCUUUGCAGAAAAACAGCCCCAAAGCAUGAUGUUUCCACCCCCCAUGCUUCACAGUAGGUAUGGUGUUCUUUGGAUGCAACUCAGCAUUCUUUGUCCUCCACACACGACGAGUUUUGGUUUUUACCAAAAAGUUAUAUUUUGGUUUCAUCUGACCAUAUGAUAUUCUCCCAAUCUUCUUCUGGAUCAUCCAAAUGCUCUCUAGCAAACUUCAGACGUGCCUGGACAUGUACUGACUUAAGCAGGGGGACACGUCUGGCACUGCAGGAUUUGAGUCCCUGGCGGCGUAGUGUGUUACUGAUGGUAGGCUUUGUUACUUUGGUCCCCUUUGGUCUCUCUGCCGGUCAUUCACUAGGUCCCCCCGUGUGGUUCUGUGAUUUUUUUCUCACCGUUCUUGUGAUAAUUUUGACCCCACGGGGUGAGAUCUUGCAUGGAGCCCCAGAUCGAGGGAGAUUAUCAGUGGUCUUGUAUGUCUUCCAUUUCCUAAUAAUUGCUCCCACAGUUGAUUUCUUCAAACCAAGCUGCUUACCUAUUGCAGAUUCAGUCUUCCCAGCCUGGUUCAGGUCUACAAUUUUGUUUCUAGUGUCCUUUGACAGCUCUUUGGUCUAGGCCAUAGUGGAGUUUGGAGUGUGACUGUUUGAGGUUGUGGACAGGUGUCUUUUAUACUGAUAACAAGUUCAAACAGGUGCCAUUAAUACAGGUAACGAGUGGAGGACAGAGGAGCCUCUUAAAGAAGUUACAAGUGUAACUUCGUUUGUUGAAGGAGAGUCGGACCAAAAUGCAGCGUGGUAGUUACUCAUGUUCUUUAAUGACGAAUAGCGAAUACAUGAAAUAACUAUACAAAUACAAAAACGGAACGUGAAAACCUAAUACAGCCUGUCUGGUGAACAACUACACAGAGACAGGAACAAUCACCCACGAAAUACACAGUGAAACCCCGGCUACCUAAAUAUGGUUCCCAAUCAGAGACAACGAGAAUCACCUGACUCUGACUGAGAACCGCCUUAGGCAGCCAAACCUAUGCUACACCCCUACUCAGCCGCAAUCCCAAUGCCUACAAAACCCCAAUACGAAAUACAACAAAAUAAACCCAUGUCACACCCUGGCCUGACCAAAUAUAUAACGAAAAGACAAAAUACUAUGACCAAGGCGUGACAACAGGUCUGUGAGAGCCAGAAAUCUUGCUUGUUUGUAGGUGACCAAAUAUUUAUUUUCCACCAUAAUUUGCAAAUAAAUUCAUAAAAAAUCCUACAAUGUGAUUUUCUCGAUUUUUUUUGUUCUCAUUUUGUCUGUCAUAGUUGAAGUGUACCUAUGAUGAAAAUUACAGGCCUCAUCUUAAGUGGGAGAACUUGCACAAUUGGUGGCUGACUAAAUACUUUUUUGCCCCACUGUAUAUGCUGUUUUAAAUAAGAAUGUUCUUUAUUGUUCAGGUUAUUCCCAUGAUACAAACACAGUGAUGGUUUAAUAAUAUAUGUCCUUUGUUUGGUGUUUACUUGAAUUCUACAACCUCAAGGCUGUGACUGACAGUCCUGGCUUGGUGACAAAGGGGACAGCUUUCAUCUCAACCACUAACACAAAAUGAAACACAUUAUUUGGUCAUUUUGAGAAAGAUUGUAAUUUAUUCCAUUUAACCUGGUUUCCAUUUUUGAUCAAUUGCAUGGUUAAAACACUCCUCAGUAUAGUAGUUUUCAUUUCUGGGUGACCGCAUUGAUGUUGCAUCAUGCAUGUUACAUCUUUGUAAAUG